AUGGCAGAUGGUAACAUAAACAAUAUGCCCCCGACCAAUUAUCCACUUCCCAAUUCCUACAAAGGACAUUUCGUCGUCGCCUCCAAGUACAGGCUCGUCAGAAAGAUUGGGUCGGGGUCAUUCGGUGACAUCUAUCUUGGAAUCAACAUUUCCAAUGGCGAAGAAGUUGCCAUCAAGUUGGAGUCAAUCAAGGCGCGACAUCCCCAACUGCUAUAUGAGUCCAAGUUGUACAAGAUUCUUCACGGCGGAAUUGGAAUUCCACACAUUCGCUGGUACGGAACGGAGCGCGAUUACAAUGUGUUGGUGAUGGAUCUUCUCGGUCCUUCGUUAGAGGACCUCUUCAACUUCUGCGGCCGACGAUUUACCAUGAAGACGGUCUUGAUGCUCGCAGAUCAAAUGAUCUCCCGCGUCGAAUACGUCCACAAUAAAUCCUUCAUUCACCGUGACAUCAAGCCGGACAAUUUCCUUAUGGGUAUCGGGCGACACUGCAACAAACUCUUCUUGAUCGAUUUCGGUCUCGCAAAGAAAUACCGCGACGUGCGAACGCGGCAACACAUUCCCUACCGCGAGGACAAGAAUCUCACUGGCACAGCGCGAUACGCCUCGAUCAACGCCCAUUUGGGCAUCGAACAGUCCCGACGAGACGACAUGGAAUCGAUGGGCUAUGUUCUCAUGUACUUCAACCGAUCCUCUCUGCCCUGGCAGGGUCUCAAGGCCGCCACGAAACGACAGAAAUACGAAAGAAUUUCCGAGAAGAAAAUGUCUACGCCUGUCGACAUUCUCGCCAAGGGAUUCCCCGCCGAGUUCUCCAUGUAUCUGAACUACUGCAGAGGUCUUCGGUUCGAAGAAGCGCCUGAUUACAUGUACCUUCGACAGCUCUUCAGAAUCCUCUUCCGAACGAAUACGGGUUGA